AAUAAACACACCAACCAUUUCAAUUUCUCAAUCUCUGCUUUCAUCAAUUACGUUACAUCUUUCAAUAUGGCUGAAGCGCUUGUGGAGAUUGUGUUGGAACAAUUUGUUUCAAUCAUUCGUCAACAGGCGGAAGAAGGGAUAAGUGUUAUUGCCGGUGCUGAGCGAGAAGUUGAGAAGCUUCAAAGCAACUUCUUGUCCAUUCAAGCUCUACUUGCUGAUGCUGAGAACCGACAGGUGAAGGAGAAUGUUGUGAGAGUUUGGUUAGCCAAGCUGAAAGACGUGUCUUAUGACAUUGACGAUGUAUUGGAUGAGUGGAACACCGAGCUUCAGAAAUUGAAGAUUAAGAAAGCUGAAGAUGCUUCUAAUUCUCUGAAAAAGGUACGUUCCUUCAUUCUUCACUAUCUCGGUUGUAGGCCAUUGGUUAUGCGUUAUGACAUUGGCGUCAAGAUAAAAAAUCUUGACAGAAAACUUGAUAUUAUUGCUGUGGAGAGAGAGAGAUUCCACUUUAGACCAAUCAUCGAGAGUAGCAAAGAAGUAGAACGGCAAAUCGCCACCUCUGCUAUUGAUUUAACAGAGGUUCGAGGAAGAAAGAAAGAGAAGAAUUCACUAGUCGAUUUGCUCUUGAGUCAAAGUAGUCAACAACAAGUCCUCCCUAUAAUCUCGAUAGUAGGGAUGGGAGGAAUUGGCAAGACAACUCUUGCUAGAUUAGCUUUUAAUGAUUAUAAGGUGAACACCCAUUUUGAUAAAAAAAUAUGGGUGUGUGUUUCUGAGCCUUUCGAUGAGCUUAAUAUUGCAAAAGCAAUCCUUGAAUCUCUCACAAGUAGUCCAUCACAAUUAGUUGAAUUAGAAACUGUAAUGCAAAACAUAGGUAGACAAAUUAGAGGAAAGAAGUUUCUUCUUGUCUUAGAUGAUGUAUGGACUGAAAAUCGUAGAAAUUGGGAAAAUUUAAAACAUACUCUCAUGUAUGGAUCUCUAGAAAGUAGAGUUUUAGUGACCACACGGAAGGAAAAUGUUGCAAAUUUCAUUGGAACCACAAACAAAAUCUUACUAGGAAUACUACCAGAGGAUGAAUGUUGGUCUUUGUUUAGUCAACUUGCAAUUUUUGAAACAACCAAUAAAGAGUUUGAAGAAAUUGGUAGAAAAAUUGUUAAAAGGUGUAAAGGUUUGCCUCUUGCUAUAAAGACUUUAGGUAGUCUUUUGCGCUUUAAAAGAGAAUUUGAAGAAUGGGAAAAUGUCUUAGAGAGUGAAAUUUGGGAAUUAGAAGAGGUAGAACAAGAGGUUUUUCGACCUCUACUAUUAAGUUAUUAUGACUUAGCCCCUACUUUGAAAAAAUGUUUCUCAUAUUGUGCUAUGUUUCCAAAGGAUUAUAAGAUAGAGAGAGAACAACUGAUUAAGUUAUGGAUGGCACAAGGUUAUUUAAAGUCAAAAGACUCAAAAAAGGAUAUGGAGUUAGUUGGUGAAGAGUAUUUCAAAUCUUUGACAAUGCGUUCUUUCUUUCAAGAUUUUGAAAAAGAGGAAUACGAUAUUGAUAUAUAUUCCUGUAAAAUGCAUGAUAUAGUACAUGAUUUUGCUCAAUUUCUAACCCAAAAUGAAUGUUAUACAAUAGAGGUUGAUGAUAGAGGAGAAACUGAAUUAGAAUCUUCUUAUGAUAAAGUUAGACAUUCAAUGAUAAAGAUUCAAGGAGGGGCCUCAUUUCCUAGCUCUAUUUAUACUAGAAAUACUUUUCUACGUAGCCUUGUGGUUGAUUGUAAUUACGGUACUGACCCUAAGAUAGUUUUGUCCAAAUUAGUUGAUCAAUUUACAUGUCUAAGGUCAUUAUCUUUGAAUGAGUGCUCAAUUACAGAAAUUCCUAUAGAAAUAAAAAAAUUAAUACACUUGAGGUACCUUAAUUUGUCUUGGAAUGAAAGCAUAAAAGAAUUGCCUGAGACAUUGUGUGGGUUAUAUAAUCUACAAACCUUAGACAUCAGGUGGUGUAGAAAUAUCAAAAAACUACCUCAAGGGAUUGGAAACUUAAUCAACUUGAGACAUUUGUUAAAUCGGGAGACUGAUGGUAUUAGUUACAUGCCAAAAAGUUUGGAGAAAUUAACUGGUCUGCGAACAUUAGAAAGAUUUGUUAUAAGUGAGAGCAGUUAUGGUAGUAAAGAAUGUUGUGUUAAAUGUCUAGAAAACUUCAAACACCUUCGAGAAUUUGGAAUAAAAGGGUUGGGAAAUUUGAGAGAUGUGUAUGAGGUCAAGGGAAUAGAAUUAAACAAUAAGAAGAACUUGCAUGAUUUGUAUGUAAACUUUGAGGGGAGGAUGAAUGAGGAGCAAAAUCAACAACUUCUUGAGGAGUUGCAACCACAUCCAAAUUUAGAGAUAUUAAUAUUACAAAAUUACAGUGGCAACAAUAUUUCUCCUAAUUGGAUGAUGUCAUUGACCAAAUUGAGAGAGUUAGAUCUUUGGGAUUGUGUAAACUGCGAUCAUCUGCCUCCUUUGGGUAAGUUAUCAUCUCUUGAAAUUCUUUGGAUAGAUGGAAUGAAGAGUGUGAAAAGAGUGGGUAAUGAGUUUUUGGGAAUAGAGAGUGAUGCCACGUCAUCAUCUUCAUCAAUUAUUGCGUUUCCCAAACUGAAAUUUCUAUGCUUCGGGGAGAUGGAAGAAUGGGAAGAGUGGAAUUACGGGAGUACAAAUAGAGGAGAUGAAGAUAUUGCGGUCAUGCCAUCUCUUGAGACCUUGAAACUCAAUCACUGCCUCAAAUUGAAGUCUCUACCAAACCACAUUCAUCAGAUGACAACGUUGAAGAAGGAAAUAGUUGGAUGUCCUUUCUUUAAAGAACAGAGAACCGAUAGCUGGUCUUCAUCUUCCUCUGAUUAAGUUCUCUGAAAUUAUCAACUUCAACACUGAUUUUCCUUCAAAACAUGGUUUUGACCAACAUCUCUCAGGUCUUAACUUCAACUUUGAUUCUGCAAAAGGACAUCCUUUGAAUUCUCAAAAUGCUACAAUCGUGAUCAAUCCACAGGCAAUUCCUCUCCUUACUGGCUAUAGAUUAAAUUAAGACAAAAUAGCUAUAAAUGCAAUCAACAAGCUAUCAAUGCAUCUUAACCGUGAAUUUCACAUCUAGAGUUCUGGCUGCAUUAAAGGACCUGUCGAUGACUUCCUGACCAUGUUUAGUCUUGUAGACCAUGGAGUCCAAAAGCUUGAAUGAGAUAGGAGAAUUGCAAGCAGCCUUUUGUGGAUGCAACCAAGGUGUUAUCCAAUUAAGCAUAUCAGCCCAAAAUUUCAGCCUAACUAUCAUCAACAGGGUUGCCUGUAUGAAGAGUCCUAUGAAUGAUUAUUUGGCAGUAUCCUUUUGCAUAGGUAUCUUCUGAAGGAGAUAUAUACAAUAUGGCAACAAGAUGUGACAAGUCUCCAUUUCUUCAGUUCUGAAGCAGCAUGUACUACAUAGACACGAACACGUGCCCAGUCAAAUUGAAUGUUUAUUUUUCGACAGGAACUUAGUCUCGCAAAGAUUUAAAUCCAGAGAGUGGUGGUAAAGCAUGCAGAUAGAUAGUCAAAUGGGAUGAAAGUUACAAUUCAUAGCAAGAGCAGUCUCCGAUGGGCAUAAUGUAUCCUGUCUCAAAACUCAACUAGCUGCUUGACGUUGAGCAUUCUGUUAUGCAACGGAAACAUAAACUC